GGGAUGUAGGACAACAUGACGAUGAUGAGACAGUAGUAGUAGUCGAACGACACGUUAUAGAUGUUAGGAAGCCUCAUGGAGUACAUUCCAGAUCUGCGCACAAACGGCAGAGCAGCGUAAAUGGUCAGCAGUUCUCCGAUAACUCCCAGCGGGUACAAGACGAUGAAGAGGUUGUAUCUGAGAGGGGAAACAGGAAGGAGUUGAAUUUAACACUCAAGUUGUGUGGACAAGAUAUACAACCACACACACCCGCGGCGAAAACACCCAUGCAGAUGUUAAAACACUUCCAUGCCACACGGGCUACACUCAUUUGCAAUCUUUGAAGGGUAAGUUUGAUGAACAAUGUACGCAUACUGAGAUAUGACUGGUCAGAUUUGAAGCUGCUUUUGUUACACUGAAGAAAGUAGAAAUAUCUGGUAAUGAAAAAUUUAAACCUGUUCUCCUCUGAUCCAAUUUCAGUCAUCAAGUCCAGCUCAUCCUGCAUCCUGUCUUCAAGAAAUGCAACUGCAGUUCCACCAGUGUCCACUAGAGGCUUCAGAAGGUAACCGCCUAAAAUGUAUACUUUUAACUACUCAGCAGACGUUCUACUACCCGGCACUAAUUUCUUCAUUUAAACACAGCGUCUCUUCAGAAACAAAAUUUUUAAAGCUGCUUCCAAACCUUGAAAAAGAAAAGUUGCCUAGUGAUGAGGAAAAGCACAGCUGGCCACUACAUUAAAAAUGAUAUCUCAGCUCUUACAUGCAUCCACAGUCUAUCAAGUUGGACAGAGGCGAGAACUGGCUUUUGUUUAUAACUGAGUACGCUGGGAGGCUGGGAAUGCCACAUCAGAAUUUCGCCCCUAAAUUUGAGAUGAAGACAACAAGUUAUUCCGAAACCAUCCUCCUCCAGGCCCCCCACUCCGGCUCCCUGUCACUCCACAUAAGUGUGAGAUGGUCUGCCUCCUCCUUCUGUGACACCACGCAGUCUCCCUCGUACGUUGCAUGCCAUGACUCAGGGCUACAGAGAUUCUGUAUUUAGUCGAGACCGAGGCAAAGGCUCGGGGGAGCGUCCCGGCGGAUGUGAAAGAAAACAUUCCAUGACCAAAACAGAUGGUCUUAAAAACGGGAGCAGCUGAACAUGAGCCCCUCUCCUGGGGGGCCGGCGUCUCCUCCAUGCUGGAAGGAAGACGUGAGGGGUAAAGGGAGGGGAAGGGGGGAGUAGAAGUAUUUGAUACACAACAAUUAACACUCAAACAAAAGAGUUACCGGCAUGAAGCUAAAUGAAGCUCUUGGAAGAGGAAGAAAGUACAAUUUGAGCUGGUGGGCCUUUGUGCAGCUACAAAGAGACCCUCACAGAGCAGAGUCCCCCCCUCCUCUGUAAACGAGCUGAUGUAACAUGUAAACCUGUCUGUUCUCAAGCAAUAAAGCUGCUCGCAGGGCUGACAGAUGCCAACCCUGUGUGUUGGACAGCUAUCAAUGUGUACAGCUGACGUUCCUCUAAACGACUCCUAUUUCAGCUCUGAGACAUGCAGAGCUGGAGCGCCACGUCACAAGAACUCCCCAUACAGUCAGAGGCAGGGGGGUAUGAGUGUCAUCAUUUAUCAGUGAUAAAAAAAACCGACAAAAAUAAGAAUCACUUUCAUUAUUAGUUUUUUUUUAAGUUUUAGAUUUGAAAAAACACAAAAAUUGUUCACAGCAAACUUCGUCUAAAGUUCUUAUUUUUGCUUCAUCCUUCUAUUUUGUAUCGUGAAUUUCCUCAGAAUCUAAUAUUAUGACUGACAGAAAGGCUAAUGAAGUGCUAAUCAAUAAACACACACAUGCUUCUCCUCUCUGUGCAAGCCAGGCGAUAUUCAAUACACACACGGCGGCCCUGCUUCCUGACGUAAAGCCGCUCUCGGUCUGUGAGGGGGAAGCAUGCCAGAGGUGAAAUCGGCAGGUCAGACUGAACAUGCUCAGACACAAUGCCCGACACGGUAAUGACAAUUCAAGCUCAUCCCCCCGACAAGUGUAAAGCAUCUCAACCUGGCCCAUUUGAUGAAGAACGGCAGGUGGUGGAGCAGGUUGAAUGUGUAGUAGGAAUAUCUGGUAAUCUCUGUCAUCGUCCAUACAACCAGGAAUAGGAUUACACUCUCCUCAUUCUGGAUCUUCAUUUAGGUCAGAAAACAAAGCAACAUACAGGGGAAGAGAUCAAGGGCGUCAAAUCUGUACAGUGCUGCUCUUAAAGGCAGGAGUGUUCACAAAUCUAAGGGUAAAACACCUAAAAGUAUAACGAAAAUAAACACUUUUUGAGUCCCAGAAAAACAAAUUUAAGCAUUUUUUUUAUUCACAAAUAAAUUACACUGGAGUCUACGAGAAGAAAAUAUUGAGUUUGUUGCUGUGAUAGUCACCGGUCUGAUGCUGUUGGUGAUGAACCAAACCAUGAAAAUCCGUGAACACACUUGAACCCCGGUUACGAUCACAGAAGUCCUCACGAUUCCUGCAGCAGAGAAGAAAAAUAGAAAAGCAGUGCAAGGCUGCGAAGGUGCAAAAUUAUCUGCAUUUUACCCGAAAUCAUGACCCACGGAUAUAAAUCAUUACAUACCAAUGGCACAAUGUCCAACCUGUAAGACGAGACAUAACAAAGGUUAGUUUCUUAUUAAUAGAUGAGGCACAAAUUUAAUCGAUUCCACUCAAGUUCUUACCUCCACUAGUGCAAAGGUCUGGAAAAACUUGAGUGUCCUUGCUAUACUUCUGUACAGACCCUUGUGUGUGCCUUUCGUGAUGUAGAAGCGGAUCAUUGCUAUGGCCAAAACCAGCCACCUGUAGGAAAUAACAUGAAAUUAAUACAUUUAUGAAAAUAUGGCGAUAAGAAUUUGAUGUAAUCAUAGAUUAAUAUCUUAAUUAUCAUAACAAUCUUAACUUUGUGUAAUGAAAGUGACAUGGUAAAAGUAUAACGCUAUUAUUUAUACAAUAUUGUUUUGUAAUGACGGUAUAUGUGAUAUUUGUAACAGAAUCUGAUAACAGUAAAUUUGUUACAAUGUAGGUCAGAAAAACAUGCUAGAGUUUGUUAAUGCUUGUUUAUUUAAUUCUACGGCAUCUUCAGGCAAUUUUCUCUUAUAUCCACUUUAUACUUCUCUAAAUAACGAAGAAGAAAGAUUGAAACUCCUGUGAAGACUUUUUUACAUUCAUGAAAUAACUGAAUUUUACAAAAAUAUCUUCUCAUUAUAUAACAAAGCAAAGAAAAAGCAGCAACAAGAUGUACUGCUAUUGUACUGUAAUUUUUAAUGCCUGAAUCCAGUGUGAGGAGGUAGGAGUCAGCAAAGCAGCUGUAGAAAUGACUGUUUUUACACUUCAUACAAAACUAUUCACAACAUUUGACUGUAAAAAGUCAAUAGUAUCAGAUUUUUUUUAAACUUAAGAGUGUAAAGGCUAAGAUAAGCUAAGACUGCUUUGUCUUUCUCAUAGGAGCUUUAAGAAAUCACCAACACUGCUUUGAUACAGGCUCAAACAACUCAUCCCAAUAUAUUUAACAAACAAUGGAAUAAAAUUAAAGCUGAUUUGUUUUAGUUUUAUUAAGAUUUAACUUUGUGUCCACAUUCUGACACAAUUCUGGGACAGAAAAGGGCCAGGCUGACCAAGGAUAUAAGGGGCCACCAAUUAGGAGGUUUUUUUUACCGCUUGUUGUUGUUACUCUUACAAUCUGCAAAGACAAUGUUUGUAAGUGUGCAGUGGCACUGAAAAACAAAUCAUAACAAACAGACUAAUCAAUUAAACCAUGUAAGCACUAAUAUCAGAUCAGUUUUCAGUAUGAAGACUAGGAAUGCCUGGUACAAAUUCACAAACCUACUUACACAAAGCUAAAAUGGCAAAAUGGCUACGCAUGAAAACUCACACACUUACUUAACCCUCAGAGCAUCUUGGGGACCCAAAGUGACACGGCUUCACAAGAUUCACAAUAAAUGAUGGAUUUGACUGUUAGAGGUCAGCAUUAUAUAUGUUCUUCAGAAGACACCACGUUUGCAUAUUUUAGAUAAGCAAAGACUGCUUUGUCCACAAGGGGGGCAGCAAAAUUAACCAAAACAAAAAGUUCCUCACAGGAGCUUUAGGUUAUGUCACACUGAAGUGAUUUGACGGUUUGAAUGAUAUUUUCUAACCAAUAUAUAUUUUAAAAUAACGUAUCUGCAAACAAUUAUAAGUUUUUGAAUAGAUAUGAAAAAUGUUAAGAAAUCUCCACUUUUAUCGGUCUCUCACUUCUCCUUAGCUGUUGUGGAUGAAUGUACACAAAUAUUAUUUGACUUACACUCCGAAUACAAAGUGCAGUCAUGGCACAAAACCUAUGAAUUCUUUAAUGAAACUUUUAUGUCGCACAUCUUUGCCAGUAAAUCUGUGAAUGUGACGCAGCAACACUCAGAUCUGAAACAGUACAGGAGCGCACACAUUAACAACAGAUGAUCUCACUGAGCUGCUGGUGGGAUCAAUGGUAUUAACAACUUAGUGGGUAAGUGGAUGGAUUGAAUAUCAGGCUGCAACUGAUUUAUACUGACAGUAAUAUCAUUGAUCUGCUUAUUACUUUCAUCCAUUGAUUGUUUUGACUUUAAAUCAUUACAAAAUAGUAAAACAAAAACUGGUGUUCAAUUCAAUCAAACCAAUAAAUUGAAGCAUACACAGCACAAAGAUAAUGUGUUAACGUCUGUAAAAACCAAAACUUGGAAAAAUAAAACUGUAUCUGAGAAUUGUUAUAUGACAAAUCGCACAAAAAUGGAAAGUUACUUGUGCAGAGAGUUGAGGAAAAAACUUGCACACAAAUAAAGACAGCAUCCUCGCAAAAACUCUAUAUAUUAUUCCACAGCAUGUUGGAUCAGUGGACAAUCACAACAUUGCAGCACGUCACUUUAAAAGGAGUUUUAUAAAAAAAAAAAAAUCUCACUGAUUGAUGCUGAUCAGUAGUGUUAAGUUUUUGUGAUCCUUGCAAGCUUAGUUUGUUGAAAUCAACAGAGCAGUUGUUUACUACAGUACAUUCAGUACAUAUACAGUACUUUUUGUAUGUUUUAUCUGUUAUCUGUAGCAAAUACUGUACUUUGGCCCCCUAUAAGAAAGGGGAACAGUCUUGACUCUUGAGGUGUCUUUUUUGGGGGGUAAAUUGGAACUUUUCUUUCAUCUCUAUAAGCUUCUGCCAAACUUUUGGAGUGCUUUCUCACCGUAAUUUGACAAAAAAAUGAAAAAGAGAUAGUCAAUGUCAAUAAGCAACAGGGCUUCAAUCUUUUGGUCACUUCAGUGAGGACAGUAGCCUCUGUUCUUGGGCUGUUUCCUAAACCUCCUGAGGUAAACCAGCACCCUCCCUCUGGAUGUUUCUGUUGUCGUUGUUGUUGUUGUUGUUAUAAAGGUACCAAAAAACUCUAAAGUCAAAUUUUCAAUUUUUAAAGUUGGAAACUUUCCAUGGGAAUUGACAGGAAUAUAUAGGAAUUAACAGGAAUUAAUGGGAAGGUUCCCUGUUGGAGGUUGGCCCUCAACAGGGAACUUAAAUGUAGUUGGGGAAAAUAUAUUGUAGCAUAAUCUUGGCUAAAACAACCAGAUUUAAUGCAAGUACACUCCUUAAUCACACGCACACUGCUUACUGCAGGGCUAUUGAGGCCGUACUUCCUUCAUGCACUGUACAUUCCUCCAUCACAUGUAAAGAUAAUUUCUUGAACCCUGGAGGCCACACUUUUGAGCCCAAAGCACAAGACAUCUGAGCCCACAGGCUAUAUGAAGUCAAGUAGGUUUUGAUAAUAUUAUGGGGUAAAUAUAUUUGAUCUAUAAUAUUAUUAAUAUUUAACUUGCAAAAAUUGAAUAAAUAUAGGUACUAAAUGUAAGCUAUUUUUCAUUUCAUUGACCAUUAAAGGGUUAGUUUAUUGUGGUGGUGGUAGCUACCUCGAAUGUGAUGCUGUUUCUUCUGACUCCUGUAAGACGGUUUUCUGUGACCAAACAAUAAUUUAUACAUCAAUUGUUUAGCCAACUAUAUUUCGGUUCAUGCCAUUGCAUUAGUGUUUUUACAAGCUUUUUUGUUUUUUUAUUCUACAGAAAAAUGCCAGGUUCGCCAUUUGAUGUAUGGAAGCAUUUCACACAAUAUUCAUAUUUAUGUUUGGAUAUGAUAAAGUUUGUUUAAAUUCCUUUGCAGAUUCAGAUUUAAUCUCAUAGCCUAAGAAAACGUUUGUGCCAGAGUACUUCUUCACUGUGGUUCUGUUACUUUUACAACCGUGAAACUCUGUAUGUGUAGUAAGCUUCUUCUUCUCCCACCAAUGCAGAAGUGAUUUGUAACAACAGGUAUGUGAUUCCCAUAGUUUUUGGUCAGAUGAGCAAAUAAACAAAGUCGUCUGAUGGAGACGGUUUUCGCUUCACAAAUGUUAUGUUGUUGUUGAAAAAUCUGCCCAUUGAGCAUUUCAGUGUCCUGAGCUCCAGUGUCAGUGCACUUCGGCUAUACUUAUCACUGCAACUGUCUGUAGCAGUGUGGGCCUUGACGCUGACACCAUGCAGUCAGCCCUAUUUGGACACGGCUGCAGCGCCAGCCUGUCACUGUCACCCAACGCCAUUCAUUCAUUUUCUGUCACUCGCAUGAAAACCGCUUGUCAUUUCUGUGUGGGUUUCCAUAGUUUUAUCCUUCACUCGAGUUUUCAGCCAACUCCGGUGAGCCGCUAAAUAAAGCGAGCUGAACAGGCACUUUCGACUUGACACACAGACACAGUCCUAUAAACAGCAACACACGGUUCCAGUGUUUUAGGGAGCGGCGAACUUCCAGGCUUUAGUAUUAAUAGGAAUUACGUACGUACCCGGCGGUCAUGGCGAUGUUGUAGAAAGUGAGCCAUGCGGUAGCGAGGGAGCUUUUCGUCCUCUUCUUGUUGUUGUUUUCCUUCUCCUCAACCGUGCCGUCCUCCUCGCUGGACGCCAUGGUACCGGGGGCAGGGUGGGGAAGUCAGGAAAGGAGCUGACAGCUGAGGCUGGUGGGGAGGGGAGGCAGCAGCAGGGUCAACCAUCCAUCUAACCACCCACGGUCCCCCCUCUCUCUCGCGGGACUAGUGCUGGGACAAGUGCGUGGCCUGCCGGUGGGUCAGGGAGUGUUCCUACUCAAUAUGUAGGGCCAAUUAGGAAGCAGGUAGGUAGAUGGACCUCUAAAAUACAAUAAAAAAUGCCUAUAUUUUAUCAGGUAGCCACUUUUGACUACCUAGGUGGCCCACAGAUAAAAAUAAGUUUUCCAUACAGAAGGGGUGCACCGAUCACAAUUUUCUGGCCGAUCACCGAUCUUUAAAAAGCUUGACCAAUUUUGGCUAAUACCAAUUUUUUUUUUAAAUAACUGACAACAUACACCUUUGAUGCUCCAAUCCUUUUCUAAUAAAAAAAACAUUUAACAAUACUUGUGAAACAAUACAAACUUUUUAUGUCUGUUUUAACUGCACAUAAAAUAAUAAUCUACAGGACAAACUAACAACCCAACUUAAACCACCAAUAAACUGUCCUGAGUUUUAGGUUUCUUUGCAGUGAGUUCAACAUGCUUGGUCAAUCAUGCUCCGAUGACUCUCACACAUGUGACCUGGUGGGCAGGCCGAUUUGAGGAAAUCGGCGCCGAUCGAUCGGUCGGCCGAUUUAUCAGUGCAUAUAUAAUAUAUAGUAUAUCAUCCUAAUCCUCUUCCAUAGGUCUGGGACCUUUUCUUGCCAUAAUCAUAUUUUAAGACCUGUCCCUCCAUAUCUUUAACCUCUAUUCAAGGAUAUAACAAAAGUUGUCAUUGUCGUUUCCUCACACCAGAGACUUGCUUGUCAAUGUCUCCUCUUUCUUGGCCUGUUCAUAAUUAAUCUAAUCCCUUGGCAUAUUUUUAAAAAGUUGUUUCAAAAAGUGAGAUAACAGUGCAUAAUCUAAUCUUUAGUUUGAUCCACACCAAAGUGUCAAAACGUGUGUUCAGGACUUUUUAGAAGGAUUGGCGUAUUUAUGAUCCAAAAUUAGGAUAAUCUGGAUCCUGGCUAGGAAGUGGAUUCAGGGUAAACAUGAUUGAACUGAACCAACGAUACAAAACCUACAUGGGGAAUCUAAAUUCAAGAUGUGGGAUCUUUUUGUCUUUUACAGUGAAAAUCUAAAUAGAAAUAGAAUUGAAUGUAAGACUGCCUGGCAUUAUGGUACAGUGGAGGAAAUUUGAAAGAAAGUUAUUCAACUCUUUCUUUGUAUCAUCUUAUACUUGUUACAGUUACACAGUCAAAACUUGAUUUUUUAAUAUAUGACUCCUAUUGGUGCUAAAAGUUUUUAGGGCUCUGCAAAAAUGUUUGAAAGACCGUAAGGCUUAUAGGAUAUGUGACAUGAUGGCAAACUGAAAAAAAGUGGUGGAGAGUUUUUAGUUGCAUUUUUCCACUAGAUGGCAGUAUGGAUGUGAAAAGAGGAAGCUUUCUGUGGCAUCAUGUGAACAGCAGCCAGCUCUUGACUAUAGCCGCUGCCACACACAGGGGAUGACCAUUUAUGUUGGAGAUUUUGGAGAAUGUUCAAGUAGAGUAUAGGUUGAUACAAACGCAGAGCAACUUGUAUUUUAGAUGCUCACAACAACGUUGUCCAUCUGUUAUAUGUGGCUGAUUGAUGACACAAAGGUUCGAGCUCCAAAAACAUUGAUUCAAGUACAGGAUUUGAGUUAUAAUCAGCCCUCUGAGGUGUCUACAAUUAAUAUUCCCUCCAAGGUGCAAAGCAAGACAACCUUUGUUUGUAUCCUUUGCAGGAGAGUAAAGGGCCAGUCACAUCGCCGCCACACCAAGGUAUACAAUACCUAGUGCAGUGUAAGCAAUUGAGUGACCAGAGAACCAGAGCUGUGGUGUGUGGAAAAUGCUAGUGAAGGCAGACAAUGCGCUGGUCUGAGGCCUGACCAGCCCUCAGAGGGACAGGGGUCGCCCCACUGCGACAACAGCCCCCGUCUCCCUCCCUUCUUUGUCCUUUUUUCCAGCUGCUCUCAGUAUGGGUACGGGGAGGACGCUGAAGUUCGCCCUGUGUGAGGUGCUGCAGUUUGCAGGCCUGUGUGUGCCGCUCUUCAUCGUCAUGCAGAGGUUUGCUGUCAUCGUAGCAAAGGUCAAAACUUCGGCGCAGCCCCCCGGCGAUGGUAGUACGGCCUACUGGUUAAUUGUGGCCUCCGCCAUCGCCUAUAUCACCUCCACUGCCCUGCUGAUCUGGGUGCCCCUGAAGUACAUGGUCUUCAUGAAGAAGAAGUUCCUCAUUGGGAGGAAGAAGUGGUGAGUUCCUCCUGUCUUUGUCCUGGACGUCACAGGCCUCGGGAGUCAGGAAUAAACAUCUACCACUGUAUGGUCAGCAUGUGAGAUCCCAGUGCUGCACUGACCUGACACCUGACCAGUUAGUUUGAGUCUGAGCAGGCCUCUAUCUGGUUUGAACUGCACUUGGCUGGUGAAUAUCCUGAGUUAGCAAGUCCUGCAACUGCUUUUGUCUUCCUUCCUUACUUUUUUGUCUCUCCCUUCCUUUGUCUUUGUAUCAGGAGGCCUGUGGCCCUCGUAUAUGUGAUCCUGUCCACAUUACCCAGCUUUGCCUUUCUCAUCGCCAGCUCUGAGGUACAUGCUGUUGAUUUUUUGCCUUUAUUUUUAUUUAUCGCACUGAUUUCUGCUUACUUUACUCAUCAGUCAUAACCUGUUUGUUGCCAUACUGUUGCCUAACAAAUGUAACUGAUAUUGUACUCUGUUUUUUUUCAUGUAAGUUCAUCUUUUAUCUAAGAAAGUUACUUUGAAUUGAAAAGCCCUUCCUAAAACUAUUUGGAAAAAAUAAAUAAAUAAGUGUGAGACGUGUGAGAAUAAAAGUGAUGAUUUGUGAGGAACCCUUUGGUUCUCGGGGGAGCCUUUCGGAUAAGGAGCCACUGAUAAGCAGCUUGGAACCUCUUCCUGUCCAAGCUGCCCUUGUCGAAUCAUCUGUCCAUGAGGCGCGUUUUCACUUCCUUGCUGGCUGCAGCCCAGGUCCUAUUUGCUGUUUUAUGUGGUCCUUUCGAGAGCCCAAGUCUUUGACCUCUUGGCCUUUGCUUAUCUGGCGUCUUUUACAUAAGAGCCAUAAAUUCUGCUUAGAUGACCAUCUUGUCUGCUUUGUUCUGUGUCCUGUUGGUCUGAAGUCCUGACUCAGGAAAAUAUCAUAGCUGUGGGGGUUCUGGCCGACAAAUUCAGUACUUAAGAAGGUCAGGAUUGUAGAUACAAACACCUGGUGAAAUCCUUCGUUGUUGUGGAGGUAAAUUUGAUUUGGUGAUCAAACUGCAUUGACAUUAAAUGAUGUUUUUGUCUGUUCUCCCAGGUUCAAAUAAACAACAAGAUAAAAAUCGACACAUUCACAGAGCUCCCUGUAUCACUGGUCCUCUUCUCUCUCAUCUGUAUUGACGUUGUGGAGCGGAUACGUCACUGCAGACUGACUGGCCGUGGUGAGCACAUUAUUUCACAGCCAUCUAACAACUCCAGCUUUAAAUCUUCGGAGCUUGAAGUCAACUCAGAGCAAACCUCUUUCGACGUAUGAUUUAACCUCAGCAAUUCAGAGACCCACAUGUCUGUUUUCAGUGUGUUACCACUUGAAAAAUAUUUGUGCAGCUGAGGAAAUGAGCAGGAAAUGUCUUAAACACUUCUUGUAACACACUGCUGAAUGGGCAAAACUUCAGCAAUGUUUUUUUUCUCUUGAAGGGAGGAACUGACCUGGUUUCAGGGAAUCCCUGUUUAUGUGAUAUUCCUCGGCAAAAAAAUGCAUGUUGGAUAUUUCAUGUAUGGUUUUAACCUUCCUCCUGUGUUAGCUUUUACUACGCACCCACCAUGUUAAGGGUCGGUUUUGACCUGUGUCUUAAAUCAGCUGUAAAUUACACUAAAAACAAUUCUCUAUCAUCCAAUUUGGUUCUCAUCUCUAGGUUACCUUGUUAGGCUUCAUUAUAUAUGAAAAUAUUGCUUGUAUUAGUUUUUAAAUAGAAUUGAUCUCACAUGUCUGGACAUGCCCUACAUUGUUUUUGUGCAAGGAAAUACAUGGCAAAAUGAGAAUUUCCUAAAUCUCACAUGAUUGGAAGACGAUCUGACUGUCAGUUCACUUAUGAUUUCAGUUUUUGCUCUGAUUAUUAGAUAUUAAUCUAACCGGGUCAACAGCGACCCUAACAUGACAAGUGCCAUAAUUUUAAUAAGAGCAUUUUAUAAUUUAGUCAAUUAAUUUUUUUUGUUUUUAUUUUGUUGAAAUAGAGGUUCCUGACAAAGUCAAAAAGUCUUGAUGUGAAAAAGCUAAUUUAAGUUGUUCUUUUAAGCAUUUAAAAUAAUAAAAAGGGUUGGUGCAGACCCUAACACAGGAGGAGGGUUGAUUGGUCUGGCUUACUUUGGUAUUAUCAAUUAUUUCUGUGUUGUUGUGCAGAAUGAGAAGUAUCUAAAACUCCCUCUGUUGCUGACUGAAAAAAAAUGUUUUUCUAGAUACACAUGAUGUAGAUUUAUAUGUAGUUUUUGGUGGCAUGUUUCAUCUCUAUUUAGUUGCUUUCUAAAACAAAAGUGAUGUGCUAUUGUUCUGAAAAUCUUCCUUUCUCCUCUCAGCUAAUGGCAUGGAGAGAGAUGCUGAAAUCCCCUCCACUGUCCUCACUCACGUAGAGCAAGUAACACCAGUAACGCCCAUCACUCCGGUUGUGCCAGGGCCAGCUGCGCCCAGGCAAGUUGUGCCAACUCCGAUCCCACCUGCAGCAGGCCAACACAACAACAGGAACCAAAACGGAGCAGGCGCUCGACCAGAAACAAACGGGGCAGUCCCAGGGAUACCAGGUGAUUCUGGAGGACCAUUUAAUAUCUCUGGCUUGGGCGCACGAGCAGCAAACACCCCGGCGUACCGUUUAGCUCCCUACACCUACACAGGUCCGAUGAGGUUCCUGUGUGCCAGUGAUGCUCGAGCAGAUGUUUUUGUGGACAGCUUCAUGUUCUGGAUGGACACAGUAGAGAUGGUUAGAGUGGCGGGACAUCCCCUGGUCUACUACUCAGGCUGGGUGUUCCCCAUCUACAUCUUCAGCUACCUGUCCUGCCUGCGUGUGGUGGUCAUGCCUCACAGCCCCCUGCUUUCCUCACUAGGAGUGGUCGUGCAGGACUUACCCUUCUUCUUCGUACGGGCUGGCCUCAUUGCCUUCUUUGGCUUCGUCACACCCAUACUCUACAUGAUGAAGAACUUAUUGGUCUUCCUCGCCUUUAUUUAUUUCAACUUUAUGACGAAGCUGAGAGUCUUCAACACAGAGAGGAUGUUCUUCUGAGAGGAAUGCUUUCAGUUGAGACUGCGGGACAUUAAAACGUGGAUUGGGUGCAAUUUGUUGGCACUGCUAGGAAAUCUAGUGUACUCAGAUUAAGGAGGUGGUUGCACUAGCUUUUUAUAAAUUCAAACUAAGCUCAGUGACUUAUUAUCCGCUAAGUUUUAAUGGGGGGAUCCAAGUGAUAAAUGUGUAGUUUGAAACUAGUCAAUGUUUGUUCUUAGUUUAACCCAAAAGGCUACUGGACUUAGUUUGAGAACCUGAGGACUAUUAAAAACUAUUUUAGGUUUCUAUUGCCUUUAUUUGGCAGGAAACAGGGU